AUGGAAGGCUUCAGCGGCGGACUUCCGGGUGGUGCCAGCGCCAGGACGCCCACGGAGGCUCGCCAGGUGCCUGUCGUAGGCCCGCCUUUGACGCAAAUAGAGACUCACUUUGAGGGUUCACUGGUCUCUGAAUAUGGACAACAGCAGCAGCAGCAGCCUCACGACUUGUUCCUCCGGUACCAGGCCGUGUCCAGGAUACCGCACGGCCUGGGUUCGUCCCUAGACUACCGCGUUCCUCCCGUCAUUCCAAUGCGCGAUGCGCAAGCAGCACUGCCAAGACCGGCUACCCUGCCAGACCUGUCUCGACUGUCCAGUGGAGCAGACGCCAGUGGCGAAAACGAGCACGCACUUCCAUUCCAGGACCAGCAGUUCAAGUGCCUUUCGGAGCGCAGCCGACCUCGAGCCCGGCUGACCCGGUCUAAGGCAGUGACCGCGAUGCACCUCGACCUGUCGCCAUCUCAGGACUGUUGUGCUCGCGACCUACCCUCCUGCGGCGGCAACGGUGCCAUAGUCUCGUCUCAGGGCUGCUUCGUGCCGAGCCCCUGCUCAUCCUACACCUCGGGCCACUCGGCUUCUGUGCCCCACUCGGCGAGCCCCGAGGACCCAUUCGACUGCUUCGCGGACUUCCAGGAGGAGGAAUUCUUCGCUCAAGACGGCAUAGUCGGUGACGUUAAGGACUCGGUGUUCGUGGCUGAGAAGCAGUCUUUCGGCGAAGACCUCAGUUCGUUGGGUCUUUUCGUUCAACACGAUCAAGUGUUUGACGCCGCGAGUCCAGCCGGGUCCUUGGUCAGGGGCGACAACCUCGAGGUUCAGCGGUUCUCUCUUCCUGAGGUCGCAGCCACCAGGGAAGACGUCUGUAAGAGCGUGAACGACGAAGAGUCUCCCGUGGCUGCACUUUUCGAAGCUGACGAACAGCUGAGGAUGGCGCCAGACGUGGGGUCAAGCUGCUCAGACCUGUCAGCCAUGACCAGUUCUUCUCCCACACUGUCAACGUUCACCAGCAACCGCAGCUCUGCUAGAUCUUCGUUCACUAGCCGUCGGAGCAAGAGGUCGCUGUCCAUAUCGCCCACAUCUACGGACGGCAUGGACUUAAACACCAUCAUCCGCUCGUCGCCCACCUCACUGGUAGCGUAUCUCAAUGGAAACCGCGGUCCUUCCUCUACCUCGGCAGCGUCAAGCCUGGCGACGGCGACCGCAGCCUUAGGUGCGUAUGGCCAUCUUUCGGCUAGACCAUCCAGUCCACGCGGAAACGCACAGCACCGCAUAAGCACGCCAUACUCGCCGACGCUCCUCAAGAUGGCAGCCAAGGAAGAACCAAGCUCUCCCUUCGACAACACUGGUUUUGUCCUACAGGCUAUCGACGAGGUGGACCCACUGGUCGAUUUCAGAGACUAUGACUUCUUGGAACCCGAGGACAAUCUGGCCGUUGUCCAGCAACAAGAAGCUGAUAAAGUGCUACCUGUGGCGGUCGUCGCCGACGGAGCAAGCGAGCGCGCUGGUCCCGCAUCGCAGGCCAUCGGGUACGGCGAAGCGGUGGUCGACUCGACCCAACCCCUUCCCAGCGUGGCGUCCCUUCUCGUGGACCUGCAGAAGCCACCGCCGCCUUCGUACGACCAGCACAUGGCUAGAAAGCUUGCCUUCCAGAAGAUGUACUCCUCCGACAGCAGUCAGCCUUCUAACUACUCGAGCUUCGAGAGCACCGGCUCGGCGGACGCCGCAGAGCUGGCAGAGGUCGACUCAACGACGGGAUGCGAGCUGUUUCCGCAGCAACCACAGCAAUCCCAGCAGCCACGGUCGUACGACUGCCAGUGGAUCGACUGCCGGGCGCUGUUCGACGACCAGGAGAUGCUGGUGCGUCACAUCGAGUCGUGCCACAUAGACCAGAAGGUCCGAGACGAGUACACGUGCUUCUGGCAGAGCUGCCCGCGCCGCCACCGGCCGUUCAACGCCCGCUACAAGCUGCUCAUACACAUGCGCGUCCACUCCGGCGAGAAGCCCAACCGGUGCACGUUCGACGGAUGCACCAAGGCCUUUUCCCGACUGGAGAACCUCAAGAUUCACCUUCGUUCGCACACGGGUGAACGCCCGUACUCCUGCCAGUACCCGGGCUGUCCUAAGGCGUUCAGCAACUCCUCGGACCGCGCCAAACAUCAGCGAACACAUCAGGACACGAAGCCGUACGCCUGCAUGAUUCCUGGCUGCUGCAAGAGGUACACGGACCCCAGCUCACUACGAAAGCACUACAAGAACCACCUCUCCAAUGAAGACGCAGCGAGAAAAAAGAUACGAAGCGAGAACGAGCCCAACUCGGUAGGAAGUGGCAACCCAGGAAGCAUGGCUGACAGUGGCCUCGAUCCAAGCCUGCAGCCGGCGUAUUCGUUACGAGACAGACCUAAACUGGAGCACGCUGACAGCGGCAUUGGACGCUCUCCGGGUGCCAGCUCCGUCAACGACUACAGGCCAGGCCCUGGGUCUAGGCUGCUUCACUUGAGCCACAGCGACAACGAUAUUCGUAGCCGCUCGUCACCCAACAGCCGUUACGCCCGGAGUCCAGGAAUCUCGGACGACAAACUCCACCCUCAGGGCUAUCCGAUCCCUCUCUUCCGGACGAGCUCCUUCACUGAGACGAGCCUGCCCCGCAGCCCUACGACCAGCGUCCUGCUCGAAGUGCCUCGCUCGGAAGCCCACUUCACGUCCACAGGAGGCCAGCAUUACUCGCUGGAGGUCCCCGUGCCACCGCAGCAGCGCACGUCAUCGAUGGACCAGCAGGAAGAUGACAUCCAGGAGGCCCUGGCAUUGCACAACAUGCGCCAGAUGCGACCGCUGGAGCACCUCGGGGACUCGCUCAGUUCCCGAGAGGACUCCGCCGACGAGGCACCGCCACUGCCCCUGGACCAGCAGCCUUUACCUCCGUUUGACGCCUUCUACUCAUCCUGCCUGCUUUUCGAGGAUCCGUCACACUUCGGAGGGGUGUCCUGA